AUGGCAUCGACAAACAGAGGCAUUAAGACGUAUCAUGUCGUUCCCCGCUUCGACAUGGCAGCCGAAGGCGGGCCGCUGUUCCUUGGCGCAGUCUUUCGAAACCUCGAGUUCCGACGACCUGCUCUGAAUCGCCUGCAUCCCGUCAAGGUCCGCGACGAGCUCAAGUACCCGUCUGUCCCGCAGACUGGAUUCCGAGAGACUCGGUCUAGGAUCCGCGAGGGCAAAUUUGAAGCAUGGGUCAAAACCCUCACUGAGCACAUCGGCGGGUCAGCUGCCGUAUCUGGUUCCAGCGACAACGAAAACACGGUUGCCUGCGAGGAGAUAGUUACGACUUACUUCGACCCCGACGACAAGUAUCUCAGCGAGAGUUUGGCAGUCGAGCCAAUUCAAGAGUAUCUCAAAGGUUCCCGGGGAUGGACCGCUGAGCUCUACAUGAUCACCGGGCUCAAGGUGGCCAACAAGCUGGAAUACAACAAGUCCAACGCAUCAAAGGGAGAGGUUUCAGGUCAUGUUGCCGCCAAAGAUCCCCAAACUGGAAUUGGGGGAGGUAUCGGUGCCCACGUUGGGGAAGAGAGCAAGCAUGACCUCGGGUUUGCUGUUGCUGAUGUUGUGGUCGGGUACAGGGUGAAUAAGUACCGUUGUGUUCGGCGACUGAACCCUAGCCGUAAAGACAGGAAGAUCAAGGACGACGGGCUUCUCGAAGGCGAGAUGAUGAGUGACGCGGAGGUCAAGGCUGAACAGCCAGACGUGCAGUUUGAAGAGCUGCCCAUUCCAGAGGAAGCUAUUGGUCCAGACGAGGUCUUAGAUGGAGGCGUCGGUGAACGUUGGGUCGUUAACAUCUAG